AUGUGGACAAAACGCAGGAAGCAAGAGGGAGAAGUGAAGGGGAGGAAAUACCCUGGACAGGUGGCGACUGCAAACCCCACAGUGUCAAGCACUGGGGUUCUACCUGACAAGAACAUGUGGGAGGAGAAACCGAAGAAGAAGAAAAAGAAGCCUGCUGGUCCUCUGAGUGUCACAGACAUGUUGAGAAAGUUCCAGAAACAGAAAGACAAAGAGAAACUAAAAAGAGAGAAAGAGCGAGAGCAACAGAAGUUUGGUCUGGAGAAGACUACACUACCCACAACCCCCUAUGUUUCUGCAGACCCUGUUGGGGGCGGCGCCAACAUGGCGGACCCUCUGCUCAGCUUGAUCGGAUCGACCAAUGACCGGGCGUUUCUCCAGGCAGCCAGCACUGUGGACUUUGACCUCGAUCUAGACACCCUAUUGGACGCCUCCGCUGAGACGCUGGCCAAUCAGGUAGUCGUUGCCAUGACCUUAACCAAUCAGGAGGUCAACGCCAAGACCUUGGCCUACAAGGAAGUGAACGGACUCUGUGGCGGUGCGGGUGGUGAACCCCCUGCUUCCACCCUGGAGAGCCACACACAGACCCCCAUCGACCCUGUCCCUCACCCCCAGGACCAGAUUGACCUUGUCUCUGAAUCCAUCUCCAAGCCCCAGGCCCCAAAACCAUCUACACAGCCACAGGCAGUCUCUGGCCCACAGGUCCAGCCCCCGUCACUGCCCACUCCCCUGCCUGAAGGUCUGUCAUCAGCCAUGGAGAAGAGAGCUCAAGACCUGGCCCUGGCUGCUAAGGGGUUGGAGGGAGAGUCAAAGGUCAAGUUCUUCACACCAGAGGUCAACGCCAUCCUACUGGACAUUGAGCUGCAGUGCAGAGAUGUGAGUGGCCAGGUGCGUUCUAAGGUGUACACACACCUUGCCUCAUUCCUCCCCUGCAGCAGAGAGACACUGCUGAAACGGGUCAAGAAACUACUGCUGACACAGGUAACACAGGAGUGUGUGGGGCGCGUCUGUGUGUGGGGCGCGUCUGUGUGUGGGGCGCAAAUGUUUGUCUGUGUGGUUUAG